AAGAGCGAAGGGAGGGGAAGGUUAGCGGGGCGCGCGAGCGAGGCGUCCGCGAGUAGAUGCUCUGCUCUGCGUCUCCGUGCUCGUGUUAUUCUCGAAUCAGGUGGGGAGGAAGAAGAAGAAAGCUUGUUUAAAAAUCUCAUGUACUUAUUCUUUUUGAGGUUAUUAUGCACGCCUCUCGGGGCCCCUGCGGUCUAUUUCUGGAGCGUAGCGCUGCAAUCUUCGGUCGUGAAUAUGGCCGCCUUUUUUUUGUUCUCUUUUCUCGUUUUCUUUGCAGCCAUGAUGGCUAAGUGAAGCCACCGGAUCAUAAGCUAGUAGGCGGCGUACUUGGAAGGUCGUGUCUCUUGGGAACGGAAGGGGCCGCGGUAGGGGACGCAGCGAUGCCCUGCGGCCAGCACAUCCACUGAACACUCGCACCAAGCCAACACACCAGAGGGCCAGAUGGGAGAGGUGUCUGACUCUGAGCAGCAGUACAGCUUGCGAUGGAACGACUUCCACGCCAGCAUCCUGUCGUCGUUCCGACACCUUCGUGACGAGGAGGACUUCGUGGAUGUGACUCUGGCCUGCGAGGGCUGCUCCUUCACCGCGCACAAGGUUGUGUUGUCGGCAUGCAGCCCCUACUUCCGCCGCCUGCUCAAGGCCAACCCGUGCCAGCACCCCAUCGUGAUCCUGCGCGACGUGAAGCAGAAGGACAUGGAGUCCUUGCUGCGCUUCAUGUACAACGGCGAGGUGCACAUCGGACAGGAGCAGCUUUCAGACUUCCUCAAGACCGCGCAGAUGCUGCAGGUGCGCGGGUUGGCAGACGUGCCCACCAAGGACUCUCACAAGGUGCCUCCCACGACCAACUCGCACGCGUGGCCGCAGCCGAACGACGCGCGGGACAGCUACGCGGAGGAGCCGAUGUCUCCGCCCCUGAAGCGCAGCCGCAGUAACGACCACCACCACUUCUCGCCUUCCCCCGCCUCGUCGGCGGCCCAGCACAACAACGGGGACCAGCAGCUCACGAGGGAGACGCUGCUGGGCCAGGCGCUCGAGGGCAUGCCGCCGUCCUUGCACACGCCCAACGCCUCGCACCAGAUGAAGGGCAACUCAGACUCGUCGCUGCAGGCCCACUCCACCGGCGAAGACAGCAACUCGAGCGACACGGCGCCGUCCGACCGGGGAGGCCCGCUGUCCGACCUGCCGGUGCACCCCAAGACGGAGCCCGGCGACUACGGCAUGAUGGAGGAUCAGCACCCGCACCACCUGCAUCACCACCCGGGCAACGGCAGCCUCUCGCUCGAGUCUCCGCGUACCCCCACCUUCCCCUCGGCGCUGCUCGGCCUGCCAGGAAUUCCCGGUUUACUUCCCGGCCCAUCCGGUCUCCACAACAACAGCCAAGAUCCCAACUUCGGUCCGCGCAGGAGCCUGGACCUGAUGCGGGUGCGGGCGACGGACCCGCGCCCCUGCCCCAAGUGCGGCAAGAUCUACCGCUCGGCCCACACCCUGCGCACCCACCUGGAGGACAAGCACACGGUGUGCCCCGGCUACCGCUGCGUGCUGUGCGGCACGGUGGCCAAGUCGCGCAACUCCCUCCACUCGCACAUGAGCCGCCAGCACCGCGGCAUCAGCACCAAGGACCUGCCCGUGCUGCCCAUGCCGUCGCCCUUCGACCCCGAGCUGGCGUCCCGCCUGCUGGCCAAGGCCGGGGUGAAGGUGAGCCCCGCGGAGCUGCGCGCCCGUGCGUCGCCCACGGGGCCGCGCCGGCCCGACGCGCGGCUCGACGCCAAGCCCAACCACGUGGACGCCUCCAGGUAUGCCGCAGCACCCUCGGAAGCGGGCAGCAGCUUGUACGGGGGCGACGACCCGGAGGAUCUUACCGUCCCCAACUCGAGGUUCGGGCCCCCGGAGAUGUCCGCUCGGUCGCCCCCCAACAACUCGGCCGCCGUCAUCACCAAGGUGGGAUCGACCAAGAUGCACCUGCCUCCCGGGGCCCCUCCCAAGUCCCUGGACGCGCUGGCCCAGAGCCUGGCGAUGGGGCGGGGAGGCCCUCCCGUCCCGCCGCCCCCGCCUCCGCCCCCUCAGUCGAGCGCCGGCUCGUCCACGGGCAGCGCCAUCCUGGACACCUACCUGCAGUUCAUCGCGGAGAACUCGCUGGCGCUGGGCGGGGGGCGGGGGCCCGUGAAGCAAGAGGACGAGGAGGGGGAGAGUUCGGGCGUGGAGGAGGACGACUACAGCGAGGAGGAGCAGGAGGCCAUCAAGGCGGAGUAGCGUCGCCGCAGUCGCCGCAUCAAUGUGAUAGUCCAUCGCUGUACUGCGUGUUCCUUGGCUGCAAGCUGUGUCUGUCCACGGGCCGUUCCCUCUCGCUGGAGGGUGCCUGAUGCAACUUCUUUUAAAACGAGCCACUCUUAACUCAACUGCAAUGCGUCGUGACUUGUCUUGCGUGUUACUCUGACCGAGCAAACAUCUGUUUUUGUUCACGAAUUUCACAGUAAAAUACUGAAGCAGUUGCUUGUUUGCAGUAAAUGAUUAUUCUUGUUUUUUUGUGUCAUGGUCAGUCUUGACUUGCAUUUAGACUUUCAUACUGUAGCAUUUAUUAAGAAGCACUGGUUUGGCUGAAUACUCUGAUGGUCAUGACAAAUAUUGACUUUUAUUACAUUUUUCUGAGGAUAGAGAUAUAUCCAGCAAAAAAUCAACACAUUUUUCUAGAAUUUCAAUCUUGACCCCACACUAAGCAUACUGUGCAAUACAUGCAAAAGAAGCUUUUUUGGCAGACUUUGCACUCCAAGGGAUUAAGCCAUGGGCAAGCCAAUCACUGAAUAACGAGUGGCUGUCACUGACCAGUUAUCUUGUCAUAAAGCUGAUUACUAACUGGGACAAGAACUUUGGAAGCUAUUCAUGCUUUAUAAUUGGUCAAUAAGCCGUGAAGGUGUUACUGGGCAACUCGUCUGGCAGUUGUGUUGAUGUGCGACUCUACCCUCAUCCACGGCGGGGAGGGACAUUUGUGCCCAGUAAAAAUAUUAACGUAAAUAACAGUGAACUUUCAUUUUUUUAAAAAAAUGGAUUUGAUACUUGCAAAGUUUACGCUAAUUUGGCCCACAUGGAUAGAGAGACAUUUUGGUAUUUAAUUUAUGAGAAUCUGUUCCACAGUAUUUCCAUUCUCAAUUAAUUCUUAAAUGAGUCCAAAAUAUUAAUUUGUAUUUUCCUGUAAUGAGAUAUAGUUAAGUUUCAAAAAGGAACAUUUAAUUCAUUUUGGCAACUUGCAUCAAUUGUGCCGGCCAGCCCAGCUGUGGUAACUUGUCGUGGAAGUAAGCAUGCAGUUAUUAAGUUUGUGUUUUAAAUAAAGAUAACGUUGGAGUUGUGAAAUAAUAGCUGCGCAGUAAAUAAAGGAAAAAGUUGAAGGAGUAAAUGUUACAUUUGUUUUGAGUUCCAACUGUGUUUGCUCCAUCAGUGUAUCAGACAAAUCAAGACUGUACAAAUAAUUCCAUCCGUCUACCUCACUAAAAGGAAUCAGCAAUUUUUUGUUGUAUUUUUAGUUAUUCUUCAGGUUUGUGGGGUGGGGAAAAAAAUUGUUUUAUUGUUUCCAGAGCUUCUGAGUGAAUUAACUCUUACAACGCAGCUUUGGUCUUUGAAUUUCAGAGAGCCAGUCUGCUACAUUUUCAGUUUCUGAAAUAACUGGGAUGAAUGGUUUCGUUUGGUGAAUAUCAAAUUUUGUACUGUUCAAAGUCUCUUGUUUAUCAUGUAACACUCCGGACUUCCGACUAGCUCAACACUGGUCUAGAGUGCACAUCCGUGAAAUCUGUUUUGCAUUGAAAAAAUAUGUUCGUUCCUAAUAUAAUUGUUACUGUCAAUAUUUAGUUACUGAAAGAACGUCUCUUGGCCACAAAAUUAUAUUAAUGUUUUUUUUUAUUAAUACCUACUUAAAGAAAAUUCACAAGUCACCAUGGCUGCCAUCUUCCGACCAUAACACUGUUCCAGAUUAUACAUAAAACCUCACAAAAAAAUUUGUUGCUUCAAGAAAACAAUUCAAACUGCAAAUGGUACCCAAAUGUCAGAUGAAAAAAUUAUUUAUCACUGCUAUUAACUACCAUGGUCUCACCCGAACUCACAUUACUAGCCAAGGACUUCCAUACUAGGAACGAUGACAAAAUUCACGUUUGCCUUUUUACGGGCUUAAUACUGAUGACUACAGUCAAUAAAUUCUAAAUAAAAAUGUCCAAAAAUGUUAAAAAAAACUCGUGUCGCCCGGACUGCAGUCGCAAAAUUUGCUUUUCAACCACAUAAUUAUUCAAUUUCGAGCCCUCAACUGACCACGACCUUUCGGUACUAGGACCACACGACUGACGUCAUGGCCAGCCGCCCUUCUCUUCCAAAAUAGACAAUUGUAUGUAUUUUCCAGCCAAUCAUACAAUUACACAGAAAAUAUCAGCCAAUACGCAUGGCAACAAGUCACCAAGUCCUUUUUCUCCGGCCCAAGCAGCCUCUGUCUCUCUCUAAUUCUUACGUGAUUGGAAAACUAUUGCAUCAGCCAGCUUUCAAACAACAAACCAUGAUAAAAAUUAAAAUGGUUGCGUUAAAAUUUAUACUUACUUGGUAUGACAAAAAAAAAACUUUAUUUUUGCAUACAAAUAAUUAAUAGAAUUAAAAUAAUAAAAAGACGAGAGUGAUAUUAUAAAUAUGGUGGGUAAAAUCUAAAAACUUAAAUAAAUACUCAGUAUUCUUUAUUAUAUAAACAUGUACCAAUAUAAAUUUAAUUAGGUAUUAUAUUUAGUAAAAUAAUUGAGUUGAAUUUUAAUAAAUAAUGAUAAUCAAUAAAUAUGCUGAAUGCUUAUCCUAAUUUAUUAACUUUAAUUAUUUAUAAAAUGAUGUAAUAAUUUAUAUUUUAUAAUGCAAAUAAAUUAUACAUACAUAAACAUAACCUCACAAACACUCCCAUGAAAACGGCCAGGAGACUACUAAACCCUCCACACACUCCCUGCCAGCGACAUUAGAAGCUUACAAGCUACCUGACAUCGUUAUACAUACAGGAACAUAACCUCACUUUUAUAAAUACGCUGAAAAAGUUUAUAAACACAAUUUACAUCACUAAUAUUCACAAUAAAUAAAUGUUUUAAAUUAUAUUUUUAAUUAUAUGGACCAGUAGUCAACAUAACUCACUGAAGUAUAAGAAUUAAAAGCACAGACAAAUUUAUUAUUUGUUUGUAGCUUUUCAUUGUUCGAAUAUUCAUUUAAAAAAAACAUAAAAUACAACAAAAAUGGCUGAUUCUUUAAUUCCAAGAAUUAAAAAAAAAAUUACGAUGACUGAUGAUAUUCCAUCCUCCUACCUCAUUUUCGUAAGAAAACAUUAGUUUUAACCAGGGGGAAUGAAGCAGGCAUACUUGAAUGUGUGCGGGAUUGAUAGUUACAAGUGUGUCCAUCCAACAGAUUUCUUUUUCCAGAAAAUUACUUGUUGCUGGAAGAGAGAAAAGUAUACGGUAUUAGUAAUGUGUAAGAUUUGCUACGUUAAUCGGUUUUGAAGUGCAGUACGUGACUUGAUAAGGUAUUUUACUGUGUCAAAUUUCUCAAAACGUUUGCACAGAUAAUGCAGCAGAAAAAUAUUUAAUUCUGUUUCUGAAAACUGAAGUACCUAUGUGUACUUUUUUUAUUAACCUUGUUGUGAAAAAAAUGCAUAUGUAGCCUUUUAAAGACUAGUUGGAGGAGUGUGUUCUGCUGUUUGGCAAGGUGUAACAAAGUUUUAUAUAAUAUAUAUAACAAAAAAAACAUAUGUUAUAUUGUAGUAUUCUUGGGAGGUAAAUGGCUGAUGUUUUGUAAUUGCUGUUUGUCUUAUGACAGUUUGUAAUUUGAAGAACUAACAUGCUGUGUUAUACCAUGUGUUAUUAGAUAUUUGUGUGUUGUGGUUAUGGAAAUCUAUUUUAUUUGCUUUAUGAGCUUUUCAAAGGAAAGCAAAAAAAUGAAACCUGUAUUUGCUAAAAUCGUUUUUGAAACUCCCAAGAGUACUACUCACAGAGUUGCUGUUGCGCUAUUUGUAUUGAUGUUCAAGCAAGUCUCUAACAAGGUUUACAUUCGACGUAACGUGAUUUGCAAGAAAUUCCCUGCCGAGGUUCCUAUGGACAAUUUAUAAAAUUAUUUAGUGCUUAUGAUAGAUAUCACUUAAAGCGGAACAUAUGGGCAAAAUCUUGUUCAUUUUGAUUCUGUGCAUUGGUUUACAAAACUGCAGUGGUUCGAAACUGCAUAGAAUAAGUACGAAUGUGUUCCUGAAAAUAAUUUGUUUAAAGUUUUCUCAAGUGAUAGAAGUUUUAAAGAUUUAAAAGAAGCAUUGGAAUUUCUUGUUAUGGGCGUUAGCUGAUGGAUGUUAGUGUUGUUGUGUUCUCAGUUAUUAAAGUUGUGCGGAACCCAACAAGAAUAACUGUAGCAUUUGAGUUCUCACAAUUGUAAAAUAUGUAGAAGCACAUUUUAUUUUGUGUAAUACUAUUACAGACUUAUUUUCACACUAGAUUAUUGGAGUUUCAUUUUGGAAUAUUCUCAUUCUAUGUCAGAGAUGAAAUACCUUUAGGUUUUCUUGUUUUGUGUAUCCGUUGUAAAUGUUUUACAAUGUCCACGUUCCUAGAAUACAAACGAUGUAUUUCGUAUGACUUCACUCUGUCGUGUCCUAAUGUGACUUGUUCAACAGCUACAAUACUCGUUAACUUUUACUUUAUCAUUGUAUCCAGUUGUAUAAACUACAUAUGAAAUCUAUAUAGAUAGUUAAGUUUUAUGUAUUUUUGUGCAUAUAGUUCCAAGCUCUGUCUUCGAAGGUAGUAAUUUAUUAAAAUUAAACUGUGUGCUUGAUAUAUUUGUUAAGUUUACGUUGUGAAGAUAAAUAUUAUUUUUCAUCUCGUUAACAGUUCAGUUCAGUUUGUAGCCGUUGGAGAACGUUAUUUAUUCUGGAUUCAAAAGGUGUGUUACAACGCUUUCCUUUACGAUUGAGGAAACUUGUAUGCAUUAUCGACAAGUUUAUCUGUCGUUGUUUUCUGGGAACGAUGUUUCGUACGUGACUGUUAAUAUGUUAAUGGCUUCCAUCUUGAACUGCAAAGCUAAUGAAAAAAAUUAAGCGUUCCUUUAUCCUCACAUCAUCACAUCAGCUGGCGUAAGUUCACUAAGAAACUCGAAGGUUACAUGACAUGUGCUGUUGAUUCUUUGUUUUCUAAUCUUAACUCUCUCAAAGUACAAAUACUUGCGAGGUUGACGCAUCGCGCCAGUUUGUGUUCAGAACUACUGUCUGCAAUCACCAGCCGAUGCAUUCACCUCGCCCCCAACUACAAUCAUUACCUCAGUAAGUGCAGUAUACAAAUGCAGUUUUCACUUGUACAGAUGCGUAGUGCUGUAGUUAACGGCGUGCCGUUCACGAGCGGUGCGCCACCUAACAAACCUCAGGAAGUCUUAUAGUACACAGCUGCUCACACCAAUACAAGUAUCUAGAGUCGACACAGUUAUACGAGUAAAUCAUGUACCUCAUAUUUUUAACAGUUGAUUGUAUACAGAGUUUAUUUUGAACGUACAGUAUUGUUUAUUUAUUUUCGACUGUGUUUACAUUGAAAGUGUUGCCCAGUGGCGGGGAAAACAUGUGUGAUUAUGCCUCCACGCUGCGCGAGUAUUGCCGUCCACAGCCGUCUGGUGAGGAGUUGUAACAGCUGUGGUUACAUCCCCGCGCCGACUUAUAUCGCGCGUCCAUCAUGAUGCUGUUGACAUACUGCUGCACUUCAGUAGUAGACUAAUUGGUUGCAUUUUAAAGUAGCACAUAUAAUCAAACAUCAUCACAAACAAAAAUAAUGAAAUUCAGAGUAAUGUACCAAUGGAGUGGUCAGACCGCACCUCAGAAGCGAGCUCAUGAUGGGUCCCUAGCGGCUCGGAGCUCCGCAUGCGUCUUCAUCCUGUUGGUAAGGACAGCCUUGUGACGUGACUGUUUUUUAUAUUUCACUGCUCACAGCUUGCGCAGGCGUUGCAUUUGCGUGAUGGCCCAGCGCACGAGGUGAAAGCAUCCCUGUUCCAUUCCCGCCACUGGGGCCGACAUGUUGUGUUGCGCAGUUGCCGCUAUUGUCGGCAGUGUUUUCGUAAAUUUGCGCAUGGCUGGAUUGUGGGUUUCUUUAGCUCACAUUCUAUAUUUCUCUAGCAAUAUGAAUUACAUUGUUAAGUGAAAAAAAUAGUAUGGUAUUUUAAUAUAAAGUGAAAACUUCUCUCUUAGUAUCUAUACUACAUGUAGAUGCACAGGUGUUUUUCCUUGGAGAAUGGUUUUCCGUUGCUCAACACAGCAGUUCACUUAGUUGUUCUGCUGCCACAAGAAUGCGCUAUGCGUGGCGCACACACACUUAUUCCCUGACAUGCGUCUGUUUACGAAACACUGCCAAAUCUCACACCAAACACGUAAUAGCCUUUGAGUGUACAAAUCUUCCAGUUAGAACUGAAACUUCCAUUGUUUGUCUACUGUUCCAUAGAUCUUCCAUUGUCAAGGGUUAUUUUUUGUACGUAAUUGUGUUAGUUGUAUCAUGUCACAAAUCCCAUUUUGCACGUUCAUAGUACUUAUUUUUGUACCUCGCCAUCAUGAAAAAUGUUCAAAGGUUAUGUAGGUCUUUUUGACUUUUGCUGUUGUAUUUUUUUUUUCAGUGUUAUUUCUGUGUAGUCUUCUCAUGCAUUACGAUGUAGAAAAUGUCUUUGUGUUGUUAGGUUGUAUGAAAUUUUAUGAUUAGCAUUAAUAUGAUGAAUUAUCCAGCACGUGAUUUUCAUCCUGGAAAGCUUGAAGGGAGACGAGUCUGGUCACAGGCAGACACCGUUGUCUUUGCUGUUGUAUCGGGACGUUGCUAUUUUUUAUUUUAGGAUAUAAUUUGAGCUUUAUUAAAAAAUAUUUAUUAUUAUUUCAAACAUCUGUUUUAUUGAAUUAUAUUGAACUCUUUAACUUUUUUUUAUGUGAACUCAACAGAAAUAUUGUAACCAGUGUGAUUUGUUUAAGCUAUGAUUGUAACAAUUGUUCUGGGAGUUUUUGGUGUAAGUUGUGUAUUUGCGUCAGUGAGUACAUUUUGCCAUUUUAUGUUGUGUCUUCAACUUACUGUCAUGACAUUUUUGUGGAAAGAAAAAUCAUUGUAGUUGAAAAAAGAUCGUCUAUACUAUGCACAAAAAAAAUCUUUCUUCCGUUACUCUCGUGUUACAUAAUGUGUGUGCUCCUGUAGGGAAUAAAAAAGUUAUACUAGAGACAUAAAUACUUUUUACUGUCCAAUGAAUUAACUUUAAAAUCCUGAUAAAAAAAUUAACGGUGCUUUAUAAUUUGACCUACUGCUUGUAUAGAUUUUUUUGUUAAUUUAGGAAUUGGCAUUGUAGAUAGACCUGAACCGUGCGUUGGGUGUUUUGAGAGUUGACCACGCUGCAACAUGGGUUGCAACGUAAGUCUAAUUUACUGGUGGAGUUGAUUAAGUGCUAUUGUAUUUGUUGAAUUUUAUAUUGAGUUAGGUUGACGAAUGACAUAUAUAUUAUAUUUGGAGUACUAAACUAAACUACUAAUGUUAGAAUAGUGACUAACACAGCUUUGUGGAAUCUGGCUGGGAGCUGCAUGCCACAAACUAAUUGCCCUCUUGUCUGCAAACCUGAAACCACCCCGUGUCGUACUAAGACCACCCCUCGGCUCCGUGGGGUCAGACUACCUCAUUGUAAUAAUUUUACUAUCAUGUUUUAUUAUUUUACGUAUGUGUCCUGCAACAUGUAAGUGUUUAUGAAAACUCUGUGGUACAAUUACUACUACUAUUACUACUUAAGUGUUCUAGAUGUAAGCAAUUACGUGUGGAAUGAAAUUGUGUGUCACAUAGUUUCUUUAAGUUGCCAGUCAUUGGCUUUUGUUUUUAUAGUCAUGACAUAAGAGGAUAUGUACAUUGUGUUACAAACUUACAUUGCAAUGUAACAGUUUUUAUGAAUGUUAGUAGUCCUACAUUUAGUCUGUUAUAUUUUUAAAUUUUUGAUUGUUCAUUAGUCUUGUUCAAAAAAUUUUUUUUAAAUUUUUCUUUCUAAUUUUUAACUACUAAAUGGAUGAGUGAAAUUUGAAAUGAGUGCUUUAGGAAGUAAAAUAUAGUGUAUAUUUGUAUAAGAUUUGAUGUUUUCAUGUUUGCGAGCUUAUUUAAGAAUCAUUGAAGAUAACAUAUAUAUACACAUAGUGGUGUUUUGUAUGCAGUGCCAUAUAUAUAAUGCAAAAAUUAAAAACUUCUUUAUUUUUUUUUUUAAACGAGGGCUCGGCAGGCAAAAAUGUGGUUCCUAAAUGUGGAGUACGGUUCCUCAACAAUGUUCAGUAUGCGAUUGUCGUGUUCUUGCCAAUUCUACAAGUUCGUAACUUAACCAGGAAGUUGAUCAACAGCUCUUUUCUUUGCCAAAUAAAUUUCAUGCUUAUCUUUUUCAUGUGGUUUGUCAACGUGAUGUUCACAACAUGAGAUGGUAUAUGAUGCACACUCGUUGCAUGCACGCAGUAAUAAAAAAAUUUCUGCAGUUAAAAUUGAUCAGUUUAAAACAAAGGUUUCCGAGUUCUUUGUAUUGCCUCUUCUUUUUUUUUACGCUCGUCUGAUGGUUGUGUUCCUGUUCUUGGUCAGUCAGCCGAGCAGUCACGACCACGGGCCAUUCGGGGCCGUUCGUCCAGCCCCGUUCUGAGGUCGUCGGUAAUUGUUGAGGGACCCUGUGCCUUUUUUGUACAGCAUGAUUAGUGAUUAAAAAAAAAUAAUUGAAAAUUGAUAUUAGAGCACGUGUCAAAUAGAGUAUAGAAAAGAAACAACUGGGCAAAAAUUAAUUUCGCCAGUUGUUCCUUUUUUCUGGUGUUCACAGUUCCUAUAUUGCUCCCUUAUGAGAAAACAACUAAAAAAAAAAACUUUUUAUAGCGUAGGAAAUAAUGUAGAACAAUAUCACACACAAUAUUAUGUAUUUUGCUGUAGCAACCGUAAUUUUAAAAAGUAAACAGUAGGUGUAAAAAAUUAUAUAUAUUCAUAUAUUGUAGAAAAUGACGGAGGCGAUCAAGGGGUUAUUUGUUUUCACAUUAUUUAUUUCUUUUUACUGCAGUUUGGGUAUGUUAUGAUCAUUUUUAAGUGUGUCUUUUUUUUUGUAUUGUUCUCGACAUUCAUUUUGUUUGUGGCUUGUGUAGGUGUGAGUCAUAUUUCUGUAUCAGGCUUGAUUAAUAAAUUUUUUUUCCUUGAAAA